GUUGGUAUUCUAUUCUGUUUCGGGAUAGUCGCGGAAAUCUUUAAUUGUUCCGCGAGCGGAAUUUGACAGUUAUGGUGUGUUUGUAUUUUCAUAUCAAAAGACGUUUUUUUAUCUUCACUUAUGGUUUAAUUAUUUUUUUCUUUCGCAUGUAAAUAAAAUAACAAGAAGAUAAAACGAACUAAUAAACCAUAUUUUUUUUUUCCCCCAUUUUCCUCACUAUAAACAGUGUACUACUUUUUCACCUAAUUUGCUCUAGCGUUUCGCCAACGUUUUUUUUAUAUGUAGUUUGACAGCAUUCCGUCUGAAAAGCUGAACAGAGUACAGAGCUUAUGUGUGCAACUUUAACAAUAGCAAAAUUUGACUUGUCAUUAGACAAAAACAUGUAGUGCGACGGCACCUUUACUUUUUCAUAAUGCACAAGCUUGCUGGUGUGUUUGAUCGUUCAUACAGAUCAUUGUACUUAUGCAAAUAGUACUGAAAGUAGAGAACUUUACACAAUUUUCAUCUCGGCUUUAACACCAUAGAAGAUAUUCGAAGAUUUUCCAACACAUCUAGCCGAUAUUAAGUGAAGGCUAAAACAAAAAUUAGAGGCGUUGGCAAAUAUUUUUCUCCACAUCGGCCUUUUACAAUUUAUAAUUUAAAUGUAAUUAUUUUAUUUUGUGCUUUUUGUUUGCUUUUGGUUUCCAUCAACUAUUUCAUGAAGAGAAACUGCAGUAAUUAAAGUGAUCUGAGAUGUUUGCUAAAACGAAAAAUUGCAUUCAGUGAAAAAAUGACCUUCCUCCCCUCACUGCAACUGGAUUAGCAACAUACCUUUGAGGUGCACAAAAAAUACCUGUGCGUGUGCGCAGCUUAUGGAAGAAAACUGAAAAUUGUGUAUUGAACGAAAACAAUUUUCCACCGUAUAUUGGUAUCAUGGCUACGCAGCGUUUAUAGAGGAGACGGUAGAAAACAGACGCAGUCAUUAUUUUGUCUAGUUAAAAUUCGAAAAUUUAGCAGAAGGUGAAUACACCAACGUCUUGCAAAACAAACCGACUGCGAGAGAAAAAAAUGCAUCACCAUCAUCCCACUACAACGGGAGCCUCAGCUUCGUCUAGUUUGCAGCAAGCCACUCAACCGCCAACACAGCGUAGACGAAAAAAACGUCCGAAUUAUGGUACACGUACCGUUGAGGUGCGACGAGGUUACAGUGGAUUUGGUUUUACAAUAUCGGGACAGCAACCAUGUCGCCUCUCUUGUAUCAUACCAAACUCUCCUGCCGAUCAAGCCGGUCUAAGGGCGGGCGAUUUUCUAAUAUCCGUCAAUGGUUUAAAUGUUUCCAAGCUACCCCACGAAACAGUGGUACAAUUAAUUGGCAACUCAUUCGGCAGCAUUCGUAUGCAAAUUGCAGAACACUACUACUCAGAUAGUACCGAUGAAGAGAAUGCAGCUGGUGGCAUUCCAACUUUACCAAAUAUGGGUCCUUCCAGGCCGCGCUAUAUUUAUCAUAAAACCAAACAGCAGCGUCUACGUCAAUUGCCGCAGAAAAAGUAUCUAGACAGUAUAACGAGCCCUCUUCCAAGAUCGACAGCACCACAGCCAACCAAGAAGGUAGUUCAACCUUUGUUGAAACCCUCUGUUGCAACGGAAAAGCCAGUGGAGGCCCAAAAAUGUCCCCAGCAAGAAACCAACUCUUCGGAAACGGCCCUAUUAUAUUCCCAGCAUGCUUCGGCCCUAGCAAAUGUAAGGGCCAUGAUAGUGGCCAGAAAUAAUGUGAGCGCCUCCUUGGAAUAUAGAGCUGUUGUGGGGUAUUUGGGAACUAUUGAAAUGCCCAAACAAAUCGCAAAUAGCAGCAAAUUACAAACUGUGCGUUCGUGCAUUCGAAAAUUAAGGCAAGAAAAGCGGCAGCCUUCAAUGGUAUUGAUGAUUAUUUUACCCGACUGCCUUAAAUUGCAGUCCAAUAAUGGCAAAAUCUUGGCCACAUAUCCUUCGUCAAGGCUGAACUACGUGAGUUCGUCUUCCGAAAGCGAAAAUCGAUUUUUUGGCUUAGUAACUAGCGCAGUAUAUAGUCCACACUUGGAUGAAUGUGACGAGGAUGAUGAGGAGGAAGGCGAUGACAACAACAACGAACAACGUGAAGUUUUAAGAAGGCCUCCGCCUGUGGCCGCAGCUUGCAGCACUGACAACAAUGUCAUUAUUUCGAAUUCUUGCCAUGUUUUUGUGGUGGACACGAAACUUUGUGAACAUCAGCAACAUUUAGCUAAAGCCCAAGAAUUUUGCAUAGAAUGUACCAAAGAUCCCAUAUCUAAUUUCUGCCUCGAAUUUCCCAAUAAUUCUGAAUACGUUGUUAAUUUGAUACGUAGUAUGUACACCAUGCGCAUUAUGCCUCCCAUUACACAGCGAUCCAUAUCCGACGAUCCUGCUUUGCAUGCAGGCCGCAAUAAUGGUUCUGCCGCCCAUUCGCCACAGCCUAGUAAUCACAGCGAAAUAUCUACAACAACAUCUAAUUCCGAUUCUGGAAUUGGCUAUAACAACGACUGUUCCAACGUUACUGACCGCAUAGUUUUAGUCGACUUUCCCGUUCAACAAAAUGCUUGUGGCUUGCGCAUUGGUCAAGCUGGUGGUGUUGCUUCCAAUGUCAACCGUCCUCAGAACAUAUGCCAACAGAAUAUUUCUGAGGAGGCACCUUCAAGCAGCACUAAACGACUGUUGCCGCGUUCCAUGCCUGAGCCAAAAGUGGUGGCUUAUCCUAUCAAUGGUUCUGGCCGUUCCUUGAUGGUCUCAAGAUCUUGUGAUGAUGUUCUGAACUUAAUCGAACAAGAAGCAGCAGUAGCUGGCAGCGAUUUGAACGAUCUUCCUUUGGCUACUGUCUCUCAGCAGUGUUAUGCUUCUGUCGAUGAUAUUUCCCUGCAUGCAGCUUCCAUGGAAAACGAUAGUAGUCACAAGUCGCCAAAGCAAACAUUGCAGUUUGAUACUAAAGUUGUGGAAUCGGAAAUGGAUACCAAUCAUAACACAGAACAGGGAAAAUCUUUGAAAUUGACCAUAGAGGCUUGGAAUAGCUUGCAAAAUAUAAGCAGCCAGGAAGUAAGUGAUGCGUUGGGUGUGCCCCCAAGUAAAUUAGCCAGCACUCCCGAUUUAUCGAGACCUGAGUUGAAUUCUAACUUAUCGCCCUUCGAUAGAGGUUGGAUACAAACGUCUUUGAGAACCCCUAGAUCUGAUAAGCAUACAAUGAACUUAUCGUCGAACGGCGCCGAAGACAAGCAAUUGCAGCCACAAACGAUAGCACAGUGUAAAAGCCCCGGCAUAAGCAGGUCUGCGUCCAUGACCAACAGCGAGAGAAGUUCUUUUAUAAAAAAGAAAUCGAAUGCAGAAAAAACGAAGAAUCAAAAGAAAGGCCCCACAGCUUGGGGUACAUCAAUAGAAACACUGCUGGCAGAUCCUGCAGGCUUGAAAACCUUUGCUGAAUUUCUAAAAUUGGAGUACGCUGCAGAAAACAUUUAUUUUUGGACAGCUUGUGAAAGAUUUCGCAAUUUAGAAACCGAGGCGGAGAGACAGACUGAAGCUUUGAAUAUUUACAAAAAACACUUGGCUAAUGGUUCCCUGGAGCCCGUUAAUGUGGACUCACAAGCACGCAGUUUAGUGGAAAAACAUCUUGCCACUGCAGAACGCGAACUCUUUCAUCCGGCCCAAAAGCAAAUAUUUAAUUUAAUGAAAUUCGACAGCUAUCAACGAUUUCUGCGUUCCGAUCUAUACAAGCAGUGCCUGCAGGCCGAGAAAAAGGGAAAGUCACUGCCAUUUACCGGUGAUAAUUUGGAUGAUCUGCUAAAGACGACAAAUUUUUCAGAAAGUGCCUCAUUAAAGUUAAAGAAAUCGGCAAGCAACGCCGAAGAGGGCCGCCCACGUAGAAGUCUGCUGCCUUGGCAUAGGAAAACGAGAAGUAAAUCACGUGAUCAGAUGGCUCAGGAGACAACGAAAGACGUUCCCUCAGUUACAAGUACAAAGACACAAGGCGUUGGAGGAGGAGGAGGAGGAGGAGGUGGGCCAGGCGGAGUUGGUGUUGCUAGCCUAAACAUGUUGAAACCUGGUAAUGCCAUGCAUGGCUCAGCCUCCUCAUUGACUUCAUUCGAAGCUUUAACCUUUGGCAAUAACAUAACUGCAAAUGACUUGAACUACUCCUUGUGUCGCAUCAAGUUCCCAGAUGGUGCUACCACAAUGGUACAAUUAAGGACUCAAGAGACUGUUGCUGAGCUGGUGGAGCGUUUGAUGGAGAAACGCAGUAUUCGCUAUGCAUUUUUUGAUGUCUCCAUUAAAGGUCCCCCGUCCAAGUCGGUUGAUUUGAAGACAUCCGCUAAGGAAUUGUCGGGAAAAGAAGUGGAAAUAGAGCAAAGAGUGGCCUUCAAAUUAGAUCUGCCCACACCCAAGGUAAUUUCCGUAAAGAGCAAACCCAGGAAGCAGCUAUAUGAAGUUGUCAGACCCAUAUUGCAGAGAUACCACAUAAAUCCCGAACUAGUUGAUGUACUUAUGCGAGAUACUCAACUCAAAGUUGAUUUAACCCAGCUGGUAACGGCUGUAAACGAUCAGCGUCUACAAGUUGUUUAUAAAAAGUCGCUAUACCCUCCGCUGGCAACGGGACAUGCUGUGCCUCAUCGAAGGGCCCCUUCGCCAAAAAACUCCCUAGCUGAGGGUCUGCACACUGCACAGAACACUUUAGACGAAAUCACCAAUAAAGUUUUCAGCGACUUGAUGCAAGUCAAACAAAACCAAGAGGAGGCGGUUGCCAAAAAAAACUUUGAUCAGAGGUCUGCAAAAUCGGAAGACUGCCCUUCGGAAUCAUCUUCUUUGUUUAAAAUACGCCGCAGCAAAAGAGAUUCCACAAAUGCUUUGUGCCGAAAUACUAAAACCAAGAUAGCCACACAACAACAUGUUGUGGAACCUAUGGAUGGUAAGAAUAAAAUAAAAACGGGCUUAAAAUUGCCAAUCCCAAAUAAAUUUGUGGAAAGGCAAGAUGAUUUAUUGGAAGAUUUGAAGCGUGCUCAAUUGGCUCGACUGGAAGAUCAAAGAGGCACCGAAAUUAAUUUCGAGUUACCCGAAUUUCUGAAGAACACCGAGAAUGUAAAUUCGGUUACAACAGAUGCAGUAGCAUCUUCCAUCACGUUAGAAAACUCGGGCGGCCAUGAAGAAAACACUCAAGGGGAAAAUCAUAUUUUAACAACACCCUCCAUGGAAAGGCCACCACAACCUGCACCACGUCUCUCUAUAACGAACAAAAAUAAGCAUAACAAUUCCAUAUCACCCAUGAAAGUAGACGAUGAAAACCACGAGCAAAUGGUUUCUUUGCAAAAUUGUGCGGACUCCUCUACCCCUUCCAAGGGUCCACCACCUCUGCCACCUAAGCCUAAAGUUUUACCCAUAAAACCAUCUAACUGGGGAGUAAAUAUAGCGAGUUUGAGCAAACUAUCGCCCACCGUCUCUAUUGCACCGUCCACCACCACAAUUGCUUCGCCUCAAUUAACCAACGCAAAUGUUGUUGCUGUGCCACCUUCCAACAAUUCCAGUCCAAAUGCACGAUGUGCUUAUUUGGACCAACCAAGUAGUAGCUUUGUUUAAAUAUAUAUGUAUGUUUUCCUUUUUUUUACAAUUUAUUGUAAUAAAUUAACUUUUUUAAUUUGUAUAUAUUUAUUAAUGUAUUUAUCCCACAUACUCAUUUUUUGAUCUACAUAUGACUAUUUUAUUUAAACAUAUUUACAUGAACAUGUAAAAAUAUACAUAUAUAUAUUUUUUUAAUUAAGACAAUGGGGAAAUUUUUAAUAAAGUUG